CUACGUCACUGCAGCCGUUCUUCCGGAAACACUUUAUGUCGGUUGACGACAUGGAUAAUCAAGAGUCUUUGUUAUAAUUGUUAGGGUUAAUAUAGUUAAUUGACUUUUUAUUUCACACAAGUUUAGUGUAUGUAUUUUAGACAGCCUACUGUUUAUUUGCUGUCCACCUUAACACCGGAAGAGAUCCAUUCUACUCCCGUAAUGCUAACGUGUUACCAUGGUAAUGGAGAGGAAAGAGGCAGAGAAGAUAUUUACCCUUUUUCAGGCACGCGCGCGCGGCUACCUGUUGAGGAGAGAGGUCAGGAAGGCACGCGAAGAUUUUGAAGACAUUGUGACAGAAAUCGACGGGAGGCUAAACCAUUUACAGUGGAGAGAUGCAAUCCUUUCAAGCCCCCGCUUCACAUACACUGAUGGUCUCUUGCCAAGAAAAACUUCUAGCAAGUCAGCGCCUACACCUAAACUACACUGUCAGGAGGAGAAGCAUCCCCCUGAACGACUAUUGGACAAAACUGAGGGAGAACCACGUCAACAACUAUUUACAGAGAAAAUCGAGGCGGAGAGAGAUGGUUUGCACUUCCAGAAACAGCCUGCUUCGCCCAGGGAGUGUUCUCCAGCUCUCCCUGCUGACGUCGGCCACUCACACAGCGACGGUCAGGGUAGCAUAGGAGACUCCACCACCUCAACAAUGUGGAGAAGUGAAGAGCUGGACACAGGCUUCGCUCCAACUCAAAGAGGUCCCCUGCAGCACCACCCGGCCCAAGAUGUUCCGCUAACACAAGAAGCCCUGCGUCUCCAUAGAAACACCUUGUCUAUGGAGUUGCUGUGGCUCCAACAGGCCAUCGGCAGCAGGAAAAAGUACUUGUCACUGAAACAGUGGCUGUCUGCUACCUGACACAAGAUGGAACCAAGUCACCGGAACUACACAUCAUCCUUUCCGAAUUAUGUGUGUGUGUAUGUGUGUAUGUGUGUGUUGAUUGAACAAUAAAGACGCUGUUUUAUAAAUGCUGAA